AUGCUCGGCUUCGCUGGGAUAGUCACCACAGCGGCCUGGGCACGACCAGUAGCCGUGAGACAAACCCAGGCACGAUACCGCUCUAGACCUGCGUCACUGGCGUCCAGCCGUUCCUUGCGUUGCAAGCUCCAAACCGGAAUAGUUGGCUUGCCGAACGUAGGCAAAUCGACGCUUUUCAAUGCACUGUGCGAGCAGACGAAAGCAGAGGCAGCCAACUUUCCCUUCUGCACGAUCGAGCCGAAUAUUGGGGUAGUUACGGUGCCCGACUCCCGUCUCGAGGUGCUAUCGGAGAUCGGCGGCUCCAGCCGCAUCGUCCCCACUUACUUGGAGUUUGUAGAUAUUGCAGGUCUGGUGAAGGGCGCAUCGCGGGGCGAAGGCCUCGGCAACAGAUUCCUCUCGCAUAUCCGUGAAUGUGAUGCGAUUGUGCAUGUCGUUCGAUGUUUUAUGGACGAACGCGUGGUGCAUGUCGCUGGUCAUGUCCAUCCCAAGCAAGAUAUUGAAACCAUUGAUACAGAGCUUAUGCUAGCCGACUUGGCUAUGGUGGAGAAGAGGCUUGAGCGCCUGCGAAAGCCGGGUAGCUCGCGCCGUUCAGCAGGCGCGGGCACGAUGACCUCGAGUCAGUUGGCCGAGGACACCGAACGCAGUGCACUCGAGCGCGUCACGAAGGCGCUAGAUGCUGGGAUGCCGAUCAGGCGUUCUUUAUCCGACUGCACCGUGGAUGAGCGACAGGCCCUACGUCGCCUGGGUCUGCUGACCGCCAAACCGGUCAUCUAUGCUGCGAAUGUUGCCGACAGCGUGCUUGCUGCUGCCACAGAAACGCUGGCGAAGGCGAAAAUGCAGGCAAAUGUCUGGCCGGAUAACGAAAGCCCGCUUGCGCUCGUGCGUGAGGUCUUCGAAUACGCCGCACUCGAACAGGCCCCUGUUGUGGCGGUGUCGGCGCAACUGGAGAGCGAGCUUGUAGAGCUUCCACCGCUCGAGCGAGAGCAGUACUUGGAAUCGCUAGGCAUCAACGAUCUCCAAAAUAUAGGCUUACGGGCUUUGGUUCGUGCCGCAUACGAGACGCUCGGGCUAUGCACGUUCUUUACCUGCGGACCGCAGGAGACGCGCGCAUGGACGAUUCCGCGGGGCACCAAGGCGCCCCAGGCGGCCGGUGUGAUUCACUCGGACUUUGAACGGGGCUUUAUCCGCGCGGAAACUGUAUCCUUCGUGGAUCUAGUGAAGGCAGGUAGCUUGACGAGUGCGCGGGAGCAGGGACUCGUCCGUGCUGAAGGAAAGGAUUAUGUGGUGCAAGAGGGCGACGUUAUACUGUUUCGCUUUAACGUGUAA